CCAUCACUACAUUUUCCUUCAGGGAUAACCAAACAAAAUAACAAAACAAACCCUACAAAAAAUAUGGAUCGGAUCAAAGGGCCAUGGAGCCCCGAAGAAGAUGAGAUGCUCCAACAACUCGUUGAGCAACACGGUCCAAGGAACUGGUCGCUUGUUAGCAAAACGAUCCCCGGUCGAUCCGGGAAAUCGUGCCGGUUGCGUUGGUGUAACCAGCUGUCUCCACAAGUAGAGCACCGGGCGUUUACGCCCGAAGAGGAUGAGACCAUCCUUCGGGCGCACGCCCGGUUUGGAAAUAAAUGGGCAACCAUUGCCCGUAUGUUAUCUGGUCGAACCGAUAACGCGAUUAAAAACCAUUGGAAUUCCACACUAAAAAGAAAGUCUUGUUCAAUGACUAAUGAAGAGUUUCAAGAGUUUUCUAUCCAGCAGCCUUCUUUGAAAAGAUCCGUUAGUGCCGGGUCGGGUAUACCCGUAUCCGGAUUCCCGGGUCAAGGUUUUUAUUUAAAUCCCGGAAGUCCAUCUGGAUCUGACGUCAGCGAUUCAAGCGUGCCAGCUAAUUCCUCUUCCCACGUGUACCGCCCUGUGGCGAGACCACCACCCGCGGUGGUCGAUGAUCCUCCGACGUCGCUCAGCCUAUCACUUCCGGGCGUUGAGUCCAGUGACACGUCAUCGGUGACACAUCCGAAACCGGCUGCGGCGAUUUCGUCGGCGAUGCAGCAGCUUCACGUGUCACGUCCGCCGCCGUCACCGGUGACGGUGGAGACGGCUGAGAUGGUUGGAUCGACGUUUAAUGCUGAGUUUUUGUCGGUGAUGCAAGAGAUGAUUAGGAUGGAGGUUAGGAAUUACAUUUCCGGCGGUGAAAGGAAUCCCCCGUCGUACAGCGGCGGCGGCCGGUUUACGGCGGCGUCGAGUAGAGUUGGAGUUAAUAAGAUUGAUUAGUUUAUUAUUAUUUUUUUUGGUUAAUGGUAAUUUAAAUGAAAUAAUCUUGUACAGUGAGGAAUUAGAUUGAAUUCCAUUCCAAAAACCAUGAGUUGAGGGAAGUAAAAAAGUUUUUAAAAAAAUGAAAAAAAGGUUAAAAAUUUAA